CACAAAAAUUUUCACAAACAGUCAACAUUAAUUUAUUUUUGAGUGCUGUCGUCUUUCGUAUAAAUUACAUUUGCAUAAGUUUUUUCGGGCAAAGUAUUUGAAAGGUAGUGUCUCUUUCUUGUCUAUUAGCUUAGUUAUUUUCCAUAAUGCCUGGAGACGACUUGCAUGAGCCGGAUACUCCGGCCACACAACGCCUUACAAACGAUGAUUUCCGUAAGUUAUUGAUGACCCCGAAGGCUCCCAGCGGGUCGAGUCAUGCUACUGGAACUGUUCGCGAUGCUAUGGCGAAAGCAUCGUCUGCAACGGUGACUUCCUCGGUUAUGAAACCACCAUCAACUGAACGGCAUGAGGCACGUCGUAAGAAAAAGAAUUUCUACGCUCAGCUUAAAAAGCAAGAAGAUAAUAAGUUGGCCGAAUUAGCGGAGAAAUAUCGGGAUCGUGCUCGCGAACGUAGAGAUGGUGCCAAUCCGGAUUAUCAAAAUCUGGAUCCGUCAAAUUCGACCAGUGGCUACCGAGCAGUCGCUCCAGAUAUAAAAUCGGGACUAGAUGCAGCCGAACGACGGCGGCAACAAAUUCAGGAAUCUAAAUUUUUGGGAGGUGACAUGGAGCACACUCACUUGGUCAAGGGUCUAGAUUAUGCGUUGUUGCAAAAAGUUCGUAGUGAAAUAGUGGCAAAAGAACACGAAUUGGACGAGGAAAUGGAGAAGCUUGCUGAUAUUCCGCCAGAGGCUCAGCAGAAGCAGCCAGUCAACGAUAAAGAACCGCAGAAAGGAGACGAGAUUGAGUUUCGGACAGCCGUGGGAAAAAAUGUCCAUCGUAUUCUUGAGAUACAACGAUCGCGGCAUAUCGAACGCAACGAAAUGUUCGCCCCAGGCCGAAUGGCAUAUCACAUUGAACUGGAGGAUGAAAACGCGGAAACGGAUAUUCCCACAACGGUGAUCCGAUCGAAAGCGGAAGUACCUUUGGUGGCCGGCGAUACUCAAACUCUCACGACUAAUGACAUUGUCAUUAAUAAACUAGCUCAGAUCUUGUCCUAUCUUCGCCAAGGUGGUCGAGGAAAGAAAAAUAAGCGUAGGGAUAAGGAUAAGCCAUUGUUUAAAUUGCCUGAUGAUAAAAACAUGGACGACUCCAUCUAUGGUGAAAUUGGAGAGUAUAAGCCGACACGCCGUUUCGAUCAAGGAGCGUCUUCCUCUAAAGUUGAUGACAGUCAAGAGAAGCAUCGAUAUUUUGAUAAAUCUAGUGAACAGGAAGAACGUGAAGCGGGUGCUAUUCAAAUUCCUGCUCCACCUAAGCUAUCUGCUCAGUUAAUAACAAAGCUGACAGCAGAACCGGAAGGCUACGCUGAAUGUUACCCUGGUUUACAAGAGAUGAACGAUGCCAUCGAUGAUUCCGAUGAUGAGGUGGAUUAUACUAAAAUGGAUCUUGGCAAUAAAAAAGGUCCUAUCGGUCGAUGGGAUUUUGAUACUCAGGAAGAAUAUUCUGAUUAUAUGAGUAGCAAAGAAGCCCUUCCAAAGGCUGCUUUCCAGUAUGGAGUGAAGAUGCAAGAUGGGCGCAAAACUCGGAAACACAAGACGGAGAAAAAUGAAAAGGCUGAAUUGGACCGUGAAUGGCAACAAAUUCAAAACAUAAUUCAUAAACGCAAAGCUAAAGAUGGUGAUUCCGGCGAAAAUGAUAUGAAGAAAGCUAAACAAUAGAAAAUUAUUGAUAUUAUAUUAUACAAUAUAAUAAAUUAUGUCCAUGAAAGUUUGCCAAUAUGAAUG